GCAAAAAUCAAUACAGAACGUUUGGAAUCUAUUCGUCACGCGGUUUAAACGCAUAAACACGUUUUAUAGUUCUAACGUGGAUUAAUUUAUAAUAUUUAAUACGGUUUUAUGUUUUAAUUUGUUGUUUAAGACAAUAUAAUUAAAAUUGAUUACAAAAAAAUUAUCUGCCACCGGUGUGAAGUUAGUCACAGGUAACUGCAAUAUACCCAGAACGCACCAGAUGGCGCAGUUGUACCCGUGAUGUUGUUACAUUCUGUAUGGGCGUGUGAGUGCUUGUGUAAAAAAAUAAGUGUUUUGUGAUGUUUUAAGCCCUAAUGGAGAAUAAAAACGGUAAAAACACUGCGAUGUGAAAGAGACGACGACGAACUAGCAAACCCUAGUGCCUUCAGACAGACAAACAAGUGCCUAUAUAGAAUACAAGUAGCAAGUACGAAACGAACGACAAACGCAAACGACAUUACAUACACGUGGCAGCUGGUAUCACCCCAUCGCAAGCACAGGAGACAUCGUGACGCAGCGUCCGCGAGCGAGUGCAGGCGGCGCUGCAGGACAACUGGAGGCGGCUGACCGCCCCGCGCAUUGACUAAUUCCAGGGUACACCACAACCCCGGCCGCGCCAGCGAUCGUUCAGCCAGGAGCGACCGCGCCGGAGGAGGCCCAGCGCCACCUCCUUAGACCUUGACCUCGAACGCGACACACAGGACACACCUUACAGGACAGCUACUAUACACAAAACUCACUCGCUGGUAAAGAUGGCGUCGUCUUUAUCGUUGAAGAUCUCGAUCGACGGCGGCAAGGUGGUGAAGACGAUCCAGUUCGAGCCGUCGACGAAGGUGUACGACGCGUGCCGCAUCAUCAGGGAGAAGAUCCUCGAGGCCAGCUCUGGGGAACCAAAAGAAUAUGGGCUAUUCCUGGCAUCCGACGAGGACAACAAGAAGGGUAUAUGGCUGGAAGCGACGCGCAGCCUUGAUUACUACAUGCUGCGCAACGGAGACGUUCUCGAGUACAACAAGAAGACUAGGAAUCUGCGCGUGCGCAUGUUAGACGGAACGGUAAAAACGCUGCUGGUGGACGACAGUCAGAUCGUGGCCAACCUCAUGGUGGUGAUUUGCACCAAGAUCGGCAUCACCAACUACGACGAGUAUGGACUGGUCCGCGAAGAACAAAAAGACGAGCCGGACCCGUGCGAGAAGCCCAACUACGGAACCCUGACGCUGAAGCGGAAACACCAGGAGAAGGAGCGCGACACCAAGAUGGAACAGCUUCGGAAGAAGUUGCGCACUGAUGAUGAAGUGAACUGGGUGGAGCCGUCGAAGACGCUGCGCGAGCAGGGCGUGGACGCGGCGGAGACGCUGCUGCUGCGCCGCAAGCUGUUCUUCAGCGACCGCAACGUCGACUCGCGCGACCCCGUGCAGCUCAACCUGCUCUACGUGCAGGCCAGGGACGCCAUCCUCGACGGCACGCACCCCGUCACGCAGGACAAGGCGUGCGAGUUCGCGGGCAUUCAGUGUCAGAUACAAUUCGGUGACCACAGAGAGGAUAAACACACGCCGGGAUUCUUAGACCUGAAGGAGUUCCUGCCGGCGUCGUACGUGAAGGUGAAGGGCAUCGAGAAGAAGGUGUUCAAGGAGCACCGCAAGCACGUGGGCCUCAGCGAGCUCGACGCCAAGGUGCUCUACACCAAGAGCGCCAGGGACCUCAAGACUUAUGGGGUCGCUUUCUUCCUCGUCAAGGAAAAAAUGAAAGGCAAGAACAAGCUAGUGCCUCGUCUUUUGGGCGUGACCAAGGACUCGGUGCUCCGUCUGGACGAGAAGACCAAGGAGAUCCUGCAGACGUGGCCGCUGACCACCGUGCGCAGGUGGUGCGCCAGCCCCAACACCUUCACACUCGACUUCGGGGACUACAGCGACCAGUACUACUCGGUGCAGACGACGGAGGCGGAGCAGAUCCUGCAGGUGAUCGCGGGCUACAUCGACAUCAUCGUGCGCAAGCAGCGCGCCAAGGAACACCUCGGCAUCGAGGGGGACGAGGGCUCCGCCAUGCUCGAGGACUCCGUCUCGCCAUCCAAAGCGAACAUCAUCCAGCACGACACGUUCAAGUCGGGUAAGGUGAACACGGAGUCCGUCGCCAAGCCCGCCGUGCACCGCCCCGGCGCUGAAGGUGCGAAGCCGUUCGCCGUGGGCCACAUCACGGGCGCGCAGCAGACCACCGUCUCCGGCCAGAUCAUUACCGGACACACGCCGCCCGCUGCGUCCCAGGUGCAGCAGACGAAGGUGACGUCGAUACUGACGGAGCCGCAGCGAGCGCUCCUCACCACCAUCACCAGCGGCAAGGAGAUCAUACGGCAGACGGAGGAGGAACUCACCAGGGCGUCCUUACCAGAACUGGGCCAGGACGCGGCGUCGGUGAAGUGGAAGCAGGUGACCAUGGACACCAACAAGCAGGUGGUCACCUCGCAGAUCGCUGCCAUGAACGCAGCCACCGCACAGGUCGUCACGCUCACUUCCGGUCCAACAGAGGAAGUAGACCACACAGCCGUCGGCGCGGCCAUCACAACAAUCACGACCAACCUCCCCGAGAUGACGAAGGGUGUGCGCAUGAUCGCCGCGCUGAUGGACGACGGCGACAAUGGCGACCGGCUGCUCGACGCCACUCGGAAACUCUGCUUCGCGUUCACUGAUCUGUUGAAGGCUGCCGAGCCUGAGACCAAGGAGCCGCGGCAGAACCUGCUGAACGCCGCGUCCCGCGUGGGCGAGGCCUCCACCACCGUGCUGCACACCAUCGGCGAGGAGACCGAGGAGGACAAGGAGACGCAGGAUAUUCUCCUAUCCCUGGCGAAGGCAGUAGCCAACACGACCGCCGCCCUGGUGCUGAAAGCGAAGAAUGUGGCCGCGCAAUGCAAAGACGACCAGCAACUGCAAAACAACAUCAUCGCUGCAGCCACGCACUGCGCGCUCGCUACCAGCCAGCUCGUCGCGUGCGCUAAGGUGGUAGCCCCAACCCUCCACAACCCAGCCUGCCGCGAGCAGCUGAUGAGCGCGGCGCGGCAGGUGGCGCAGGCGGUGGACCGGCUGGUGGAGGCGUGCCGGCCCGUGCCCGAGGCGGCCGAGCCCGGCGUCGAGCAGCUCAACAUCGCCGCCGCGCGCGUCACCGACGAGCUGGAGAGGCUGCUGGCGCACUGUGAAGUUGAGCGCGGUGGUCAGGCGUGGAGCCGGUCACGCGCGGUCGAAAGCGUUCUGACGGCGUGGGAGCGCGUGGCCGAUGCAGGUGAUGCGGGAGAACUCGUGCGACACGCCAGACAUCUCGGACAGGCCACCGCCAGGCUCAUCACUGAUAUCAAGACGGAAGCGGAAGCAUCACCAUCUGACUCGCAACGCAAACUGCUCGCCGCGGCCAAGUUGCUGGCCGACGCCACUGCCAGGAUGGUAGAAGCGGCUCGUCAAUGCGCGUCAUCGCCUCAGGAUCGUGAGAAGCAAGAAGCUCUUCGCAGAGCGGCGGAGGAGUUGCGCUACAUCACCGCGGACUACGCGCAGGGACAGGACAUCGUCGGCUCUCAAGUCGCGAGGCUGCAGGAGAGCGCUCGCCAGGCGACGUCGAGCGCCACUCAGCUCAUCACCUCGGCGCAGAACGCCACGCAGUACAACACUAAUAAAUACUCGCAGGAGACCCUGUUGGAGGAGUGCAAGAUCCUGCAGGAGCAGAUCCCGCGCGUGAUGGACGCGGUGCAAGUGUCCACGCACAAGCCGUCCGAGGCAGCCGCCAGGCUCGACCUCAUCUCCGCCUCCGAGACGUUCUUGCAGAGGAGCGGCAACGCGAUCGCGGCUUGUCGCGGCGCGUUACCGACUGUCGGAGAGGCGCCCACAGCCAAACACCUGGCAGAUACCGCACAUCGAUUCACCACCGCGUGCGCUGACCUUAGGUCUGCAGUAAAUCGUGCUCGCAUUUCGAACAAGGGCCUGGAAAUGGACGCCGCGGCGGAGAUCAUCCGCUCAUUGCAGGGAGAGCUGGAUGAGUUGGAGGAGGCUCUGAGGGCUUUCGACCUUAAGCCACUGCCUGGACAGACGGCGGAAUGGGCAAGUUCUUCGCUCCGUACAUCGCGUCGUGCAGCAGCGGCGGCCACGGCUCAGCUGGCGGCGGCGGCGCGGCUCGGCGACGCGGGCGCCGGCGGCGGGCGCGCGGCCGCGGACCUCGCCUCCGCGCUCCGGGACUUCAACGCCGGCAUCCGCGCCGCGGCCGCGCACGCACCGGCGCACGCGCACCCGAUGAUUUCAUCUGGCCGUCAAGUGCUGCACUCCUCGCUGACCAUGGUGGAGACAGUUAAGAAGUACAUGAGCACCUCAGAGCAGGUGGACGCCGUCGCCAUCGCGUCCAUAGCCAAGGACAUAUCGCAGGGUCUUGACCAGACAAUGGAGGCGGUGCCUUCACACGCGGAACUAGACCUCGCCAUGGAGAACAUCAAUGAGACUUUGAACAUCCUCAACAUGGGAGAGUUCCCGCCCACGGACAGCAGCUACGGCGAGCUGCAGUCGGAGCUGAACUCGGCCGCGCUGGGGCUGAACUCGGCGUCGUCGGAGGUGGUGCAGAGCGUGGACGAGCCCGCCGCCCUCGCCGACAGCAGCCAGCACUUCGGACAGGCCUUCAACCGCCUGCUCGGCGUCUCCAUGGAGAUGGCGGGGCAGACUGAGGACCGCGAAGUGCAGUCGAUGAUGGUUAACUCGAUGAAGUCCGUCACGGUGAACUCCUCGAAGCUGCUGGGCACCGCCAAGUCAGUCAGCCAGGAUCUGACGCGGCCCAACGCCAAGAACCAACUGGCAGCGGCGGCGCGCGCUGUCACUGACAGCAUUAACCGACUAGUGGACGUGUGCACGGAGGCGGCGCCGGGGCAGAAGGAGUGCGCGGCCGCCAUCCGCAGCAUCCAGAGCACGCGGCCGCUGCUCACGGCGCCCACGCAGCCCCUCAGCGAGCUCGGCUACUUCGCCUGCCUCGACUGCGUCGUCGAGCACAGCAAGAGCCUCAGCGAAGGCAUGUCCGGCAUGGCGGGCAGCGCGAAGCGUGGCGAGGCGGAGUCGUUCUGCCGCUCGGUGGCGGCCGUGGGCGGCGCGGCGCAGCAGCUCGUCGAGUGCGCCGCGCAUGCCGCCUACCUCGUGGCGAUAUCUGACGAGACGUCGGUGGCGGGGCGCGCGGGCCCGGUGGACCAGGCGCAGUUCGCGCGCGCCGCCGUCGCCAUCGACCAGGCCUGCCGCGCCCUCGCCGACUCCGCCACCAACCAACACCAGGUUCUAUCAGCGGCGACAGUGAUCGCGAAGCACACGAGCGCGCUGUGCAACGCGUGCCGCGUGGCGUCGGGCAAGACCGCCGAGCCGCAAGCCAAGCGACACUUCGUGCAAGCCGCCAAGGACGUCGCCAACUCCACCGCCGCGCUCGUCAAGGAGAUCAAGGCUUUGGACACCGACUACAGUGAAGAGAACCGCGCCCGUUGCGCGGCCGCGACGGGUCCGCUGCAGGACGCGGUGCGCUCGCUGUGCCAGUUCGCGGACAGCCCCGAGUUCGCGUCCAUCCCCGCCAAGAUCUCCCCCCAGGCCAGGCUCAGUCAGGAGGCCAUCCUGGAUUGUGGCAGGAACAUAAUAUCCGGUUCGUGCUCGAUGCUGGAGGCCGCCAAGCACCUGGUGCUGUCGCCGCAGGACCGCGUGCAGUGGCAGCACCUCGCCACGCACAGCAAGACCGUCUCCGACAGCAUCAAGUCACUUGUCACGCAAAUCAGGGAGAAGGCGCCGGGGCAGCGCGAGUGCGCCGCGGCGCUGGACACGCUCAACAAGCAGCUGCGCGAGCUGGACCACGCCAGCAUUCAGGCCGUCGGACAGGAGCUGCAGCCCAGGAAGGCCAACACGCUGCAAGGGUACUCGGAACAGAUAGAGAACAGUGCGUCGGAGAUGCUGGAGCGACUGGAGCCACUGCGCGUCGCCGCCAAGAGCGAGGCAGAAAACCUCGGGCACACCGUCAAACAACUGGUGUCGUACGCGGAAGCGUUGUGUGGCGGGGCGGUGGGCGCGGCUUCGAACGUGACGGAGUCGGCUGCGCAGGCGGCGCUGCUGGCGCAUGCACGCACCGUGCUCGAGACCGCCGCGCUGCUGCUGCACGCCGCACGCGACGCCGCCGGCAACCCCAGGGCGGUGAGCGCGCACGCGGGCGUGGAGUCGCAGACGCAGCUGUGCCGCGCGGCGCUGGGCGAGCUGCUGGCGUGCGUGCGCGAGCUCAGCACGCAGCGCGGCGCCGUGGGGCCGCUGCUCGACACGCUGCGCGCCAUCGCGCGCCUCACCGAGCACAGGAUGUCAUUGAUCGGCUCGUACGACGAGACGGACUCGUUCGUCGACUACCAGACCAGGAUGGUGGGCGCCGCCAAGGAGAUAGCGAGACUGGCCACGGACAUGACGGCCAAGUCGGCGACGGACGCGAGUCGCCUGGUGGAGCUCGGCAACGAGAUGUGCCAGAAGUACGAGCAGCUCGCGCAGGACAGCGUCGGCGCCUCCGCCACCACGCCCAACGGAGACGUCGCCAACAGGAUCCGCGUGGCGGUGGUGGAGCUGGGCGAGGGCGUGUCGGAGCUGAUUAAGGCGGGCGGCCACUGUCGCCUCUCCGCCAUCGCGCAGAACCAGCGCGCCGUCGCCGACCACGCCAAACUCGUCAACGAGAAGGUGGUGGCGGUGCUGGGCGCGCUGCAGGCGGGGUCGCGCGGCACGCAGGCCUGCAUCGACGCCGCCGCCACCAUCGCCUCUAUCAUCGGCGACCUCGACACCACCAUACUCUUCGCCAGUGCUGGCACCCUACAGUCGGAGAAGGAAGCGGACACGUUCUCGGACCACCGCGAGAAGAUUCUGAAGACUGCCAAGACGCUGGUGGAGGACACCAAGACCCUGGUAGGAGGAGCGGCCGGCACGCAGGACCAGCUCGCCGGCGCCGCGCAGAGCGCCGUCACCACUAUCGUGCAACUGUGCGAGGUGGUGAAGCUGGGCGCGAUGUCGCUGGGCUCGGGCAACCCGGAGCCGCAGGUGCUGCUGCUGCACGCGGCGCGCGACGUGGCGGCCGCGCUGCGCGACCUGGCCGCCGCCACCACCGCCGCCAGCGGCAAGCACGUGCACCACCCCGACAUGCAGCGCCUCAAGCACGCCGCCAAGCGGCUGUCCGACACCACCAAGCGUUGGAGUCUUCCAAUCAAAAACAACACGCUCCCGCGACAGACCAAACGCAGGUCGCUCAUCUUUAGAAACGAAUACAACUCGUGCGACUCCGAGACGGACAUAUUCCAGUCCGACCAGGAGGACGAGCUAGUCAACUUGCUAGACUACUCGAGCCAGGACGACGAUGUCUCCCCUACCAUAUUCCACGAUGAUUGCGAGGAGGUCAUCACGUAUAUCGAGGGUCUGAUGCGACACCCGCCAGCUCGCAAUCCCAAGGAUGAUGAUUUAAACGAACGAUACAAUACGGCGGCCAAAAACUCCCUGGUCGAUAUGGAUUGGCGUGUGCUUAAAUAUGGCGAGAAUAUAUUCCUCGGCGAAGUGAAGAAGUUGGUGGAUUUGUUUGUUGAUCUCAAAAAUAAAAUCGAUAAUAAGAAUAAGAGAGAACGGGCGCAGAGAAUCAAGGCCAGUUCGGACUUGGAUGACGAGAUGAAGCGCAUAUCCCAAGUCAUAGAAGACAUGGAUUCUGAAUUCGAAGAGACUGACAUCAGAGUCACUACCACUAUAAAAACAAUGCAAACCACAGUUCCUAUUAAAAAAAUUAAGUUAGAAACUAACGAGCCUAAACUGAAAAGUCCAGUCUUUAAGAUUAAAAAAGUAAAACCCAUUAACCUGGAUACGAUAUCAAAGAGUCCUGAUAGAGAAUCUUUGAAAGAGCUCCUCACACCAGAACAUCACAAAGAUGAAUCCACAGAGGUUAUUGUCAAACCUGAAGUAAAGACUGUAGAGAAAAAUGAUACUCUAAAGAGAGAAGUCAAGACAGAAUUUUGGAAGUUAUUCAAAGAUGAUACCGAAUGGUGGAAGGCACUGGCCAAGAGAAACUUAGAGAAAAUGGAGGAGACGAGAAGAGAGCUGGAGAGAUUCAGUGGACACGAGUUGAUUUUAGAGGAAAUAAAAACAGAAAGAGACCGAUAUGAGAAGGACAAGGCCAGUCUACAAACCUUUAUCGAGGAAGUGGACAAGUCCAAAGCGGUCAACAAAGAUUUAGCGUACGACAAAAAAUAUGAAGACAUGGUUCUCAAACUAAUCGACUUCGCCAAAAAGGACUUUAUUUAUAAAGGCUUCGAUCCGCUCAUCGAGCAGCUAAAGGCUCUAUCUAACGUUAAAAUAGAAAGGAAAACACUCCAGGAUCUCAUAGAUAUUUAUACUAGAAUAGACAUUACUAAGUACACGUACGAAGAGUUGAGUAUACUAGAAUCUUACUACAAAGAUAUACUGAGGAAAUAUAGUGAAGAUGUGCCGCCUAAAUCUAACACCUUGCCAAGAUCAACGGUGCCCAAUGGGGAGCGAAGGUCGCAUAGAAAUAUGGAGAUAUACGACCUGACGAGAACGUAUCCAGAGCAGUACUACGCCAACAACUGGUGGUCAAUAUAUAAGGAUGUUUUAAAGACUAGGGAGAGACAGUUCGGCUCCAUAGACAGCUGGUGGAACUUCUACGAGGACAUGUUGACUAAGAAGGAUUCUCAAGACGCGAGCAGGUUGAGAGAGAUCUUAGGGUACUCUCGGAGACGGCGCAACAGUCGCAUGGAGGAACAGUUGCGGAUGCUGGACGAUAUAAGAAACGAUAGUUUCCGCGAAACAGAAGCCGUCACGACCAAGGACGAUCAAUCGGUGAUGGUGACCAACGUGACGUCACUGCUGAAGACCGUCAAGGCCGUGGAGGACGAGCACACCAGAGGCACCAGGGCGUUAGAGUCCACCAUCGAAGCCAUAUCUCAGGAGAUUGAGGUUCUGAUGUCGCCAUCCACGCCCAAAUCUUCUGCGACUCCUGAGGAGCUGAUCCGUUGCACUCGUCAGAUGACGGUGGCCACCGCGAAGGUGGUGGCUGCUGGCAACGCCAACAAACAAGACCAACUGACAGCCGCUGCCAACCUUGGAAGGAAGACUGUAGUCGACCUGCUGGUCGCUUGCAAGGCGGCGGCGCACGCGGCGGAGUCUGCGGAGCUGCAGGCGCGCGCGCUGCAGUGCGGGCGCGCGGCGGCCGAGGCGUACCGCGCGCUGCUGCAGGCCGUGCUGCAGGCGGCCGGCGCCGACGUGGCCGCGCGCCAGCAGUUCCCCGACCUGUCGCGCCGCGUGGCGCACACCGUCGCCGACAUCAUCGCCACCGCCGAGCUGCUCAAAGGCUCGGACUGGGUGGACCCGGACGACCCCACCGUCAUCGCAGAGAACGAGCUGCUGGGCGCCGCAGCGUCCAUCGACGCCGCCGCCAAGAAACUCGACUCGCUGCGGCCCAGGAAGACCGUCAAGGUUCAGGAGGCGGACGAGAGCCUGAAUUUCGACGAGAUGAUCUUGGAAGCGGCCAAGUCCAUCAUCACGGCUACAUCGGCGCUGGUGCGGGCAGCUUCCGCCGCGCAGAGGGAGCUGAUCGACCAGGGCAAGGUGGCGCGGCGGCCCACGUCGUCGUCGGACGACGGGCAGUGGUCGGAGGGGCUGGUGUCGGCGGCGCGGCUGGUGGCGGCGGCGGCGCACUCGCUGGUGGAGGCCGCCAACGCGCUCGUGCACGGCGCCGCCUCCGAGGAGCGCCUCAUCUCCAGCGCCAGGCAGGUCGCCUCCUCCACCGCGCAGCUGCUCGUCGCCUGCAAGGUCAAAGCAGAACCAUCAUCAGAGAGCACGGCCCGUCUCCAAGCGGCUGGAGCUGAGGUCAUCCGCUCCACGGACAACCUGGUGCGUGCCGCCAGAGACGCCAUCUGCUGCGAGGAGGAACGCAGCCUGGUCCUCAACCGGCGCAUGGUGGGCGGCAUUGCGCAGGAGAUCGACGCCAGGACCGAGGUGCUGCGCAUCGAACGAGAGCUGGAGGAAGCCAGAGGCAGACUAUCAGCCAUACGCCAAGCGAAGUACAGGCUGAAGGACAGCAGCGCCGCGAGCGACGAGGAGCCGCCGCGGUUCAAGUCGCCGACGAGCUUCAACACGACGUACAGCCCCAACAGCACGUACUCGGCGCAGCACAACGCCAACGUCACCAACAUCAGCUCGCACGUGUCGCAGCUCAACCAGUCCAUACACGGCGCGCCGCUCAACACCACCACGCAGACCAACUUCGCCACCAGCCCGCCGCCUAAGAGCCCCGGCUUCGCCCAAAACCCGUCCCCAUCGCCGGGCUACGGCCCGUCCAACGGCUACUCGCAGUCGUUCUCGCGCGACGAGAAGCAGUACAGCACCGCCAGCGCCACCAGCCCCACCUUCUCCAGCUUCCGGCCGCAGGACGACACGCCCAAGCAGAACUACGAGGGAUUCACCACUCGAGAAACGACAUCUAAUGACAGAACGAUGAGAGCUAAGACGAGCAUGAGCGAGGAGUCAGUGGUGGUGCGGUCGCUCGACCUGCCCGAGGUGCGCACGGCGUAUUUGGUAUCGGAGUCGGGUCCGGCGGCGCCCGCCACGUCGGACGCGCCGGACGCGCCCCACGCCGCCCAGCGGAUAUACUACAAGCGCGAGAGGCCGCCGCCGCCGCCGCCGCGCCGCGUCUCGCUGUUAAACUACGAGACCCGCCUGUACGACACGCCGCGACCCGUUAACGAAUACGCGAAGACAGAGCGAAAAGAAUCGAACCAGUACCAAUUCAAACAGGAGAAGUACGAAUAUGAUGCCCCAACACCCCUGAGCCCCAAGUUCAACGCCAGAGAACUGAAGUUCGAUGAAAAACCUGAACCGAUCUACUUUUCGUUGAAGAAACCGCCUUUCGAUGGUGUUGGACAGACCUUCAGUGAGCACCAAAAGUCCACUGAGGCGAUACCAGGCGGCACCAAGCACUCUGAGUACUCCGUCAAGAGCGAGUCCUACCAGAGCUACCCUAAAACAGAGUUCACGAAGACUGAAGUGCGACAAGAGGUCAAGUCUCCCUUCACAUCGACUCCCAAGUUCGACAGGAAUGACUACAAGCACACAUCCACGGAGCUAGUGAAGGCAGUCACUCCAGAUUACGACAGGAUCUCAUCGCCUUACGGCAAGGACGUUCAAAGCUACGGAGGCCCGAACUACAUGGAGGAGACCACGACAGAAGUGAAGGAAAUUCCGAACGGAACGCAGAAGAUCACCACAACGAAGAUCUAUAGCUCGUCACCGGUGAACAUGACUAGCACGAGCACCAAGUACGAGCCCAUCAAGUUGGAGGGCAUCGACGAGUUGUCCAAGUCGUUCGACAACGAGUCAAAAUACAGCACCCUGGAUUCCAGGUUCAACACCCUGGAGUCCAAGAUGAGUUCGGAUACCAGCCGCUCCUUCAUGAGACCCUCCGACUUCCAGUCAUCGGAUUACCAGAGCACCACCAACGUAACCAAAGUGAAGAAACCAGAACUGUCCAAGGAGAUCGACAGUUUGGACAAGAAGUUCUCCAAGCAGACGAUCACGUCGGAGACCAUCGAGAGGAAGUCGGUGAUGACCAGCUCGCACAAGUCCGAGACAAGCUCGACGGUCACCAAGAAGUUCGGCAACUUCUAAAAGGUUUGCAUCAUCUCGCUUUGUCGCUGUCGUGUGCGCUUCCUGACACUAACAAGGUAAUGGAAGGGCAACAUGUUGACAGUGUCGACUGCCACUUCGAGCUUUUUUAAUAUUUAUGCGGCGGAAUUCUGUAUAGAGUAGGUAAAUGAUCCCGCAGGUGACACAGAGAGUAAGUUAUUAAAAUUAAACAGUGUAGACUUUUUAGUAGAAAACGCUGUGUCAUUUAUGGCAACAUUUAUCAUAAAUAUUUUAAAUACGCGCAUUAGUGUUUAACAUAGACUAUUUUCUGUUAAGUGAUUUUUGUGAGAAUUUAAAUAUGAACUAAAAUGUAGAAGUAUUUAUAUUAUGAUGUUGGAUUUCUACCAUAACUUUCUACCAAUUUAGUAGAAAAUGAAAGUAGUAAGUGUACGAAAAUGUCUAAAAGGUGCUAAAUUUAUUUAUUUAUAGUGAACGCGGUGUCUACAUUUGGCCUUAGAGAUUAUAUGGAAGUUUUGAUAUUAUGAAUUCUAUAAAAAUAUAGGGAUGACGUGAAGUUCAAGUUUUUAUUUUAUCGAUAUUAAAAUAAGAACUUGUUUUUUGCUGAAAACUAUCGUGUGGGUGAGACAUCACUUACCAGCUACAGUGGGUCCGAUAGAGUUUAAACAAGUAAAUCAAACCUUUAAUAUUUUAUGCAAAAUGAUAAAAUGUUAUAACUGCCAGUAAAUGGGCAACUUUAAACAAAAGAUCUCCUUUUUUAUUUUCAAAUAUAAUUGAUGCCACAAAUAAACAGGCGAAAUAUGAAAUUUAUUUGAAAGUUUCUUUCAUAUAAAUCAUUAUGAAGGUAGCUUAUAUAAAAUUUUAUGAACGAUAUUGAUAUUAAAAAUCGCCGAAUAUUAAAAAUACAUGAUGAUGAUGAUAGAUGACUCACACGAUAGUUGAAUUCCCAAUUAUAUUCACAAAGUGCUAACCCCAGGGGGGACCUUAUAAUGUUGCCUUUCACUGAACGUUGAAUCCGCCAAGUGUGCCAUAAUUGUAUAGGAAUUUUAUUUCCAGAGUGCCUUCUAACUUUAUAUAAACGUUUAGAUCUCGCCACGUACACCAACACAUGGUUUCCAUCUUUAAUAAUAUAAGACGAUGUGAACUGCAAAUAACUUAGGCAUUAAAGAUAUAUUUCUAGAAGGAGAGUCAGCUGUAUUAAACUAAGUAAAAUCUGUAAUUAAAUAAGGGUGUAUCUAAACGUUUAUAGUUGCCUUGAAAUAAAUUAUAUUAGUGUGGGUUGUGUGCGGAAAUCUAACACUUUGGACAAUAGAAAAUAGUAAAAUGAACAGAAACCAUCGUCAAUUUAUAAUUAUAAAAAAAAAAUUAACAUUACAUUUAAAGAUUUCGAAUCUCUGUCUCACCCUACCCACUCUAGUAAUAAAUAUAUAAAAAACUAAAAUUAUUAAAUUCUAAAAAAAAUAAGAUGAGUUUUCACAUUUUUAUAUAUAAAAUCGUGUGCCAUUUACGAAUUGUUUACUGGAUAAUGUAUAGAAUUCUUUAACGCUCCAAAAUCAAUAAUAUUUACAAUUAGCAACAUAAUACCGUCCGUAUUUCGAAAAAUAUUUUGAAACUUACAGCUACAAGUACAAAUUUUGGAGUGUUUCAGAAUUCAAAUUUAAAAAGAUGUAUUUCGUGACAUUCUGGUGAAAAAAAAACUUUGAUCGCAUUAGCGUCUAAACUAUAAAUGAUCAUUGUCUCGAAGAAAUUAUUUCAAAGCAGCUAACUAUACGUUUCAAAUCUGACUCCAGUCAACACGAGAACGUCAUGAGAUGCUGUAGUGAUGGUCUGGUGCAAUUAAUGAAGAUAAAUAUUUACUAAUUGUGUAGUUUUAAGUGAAACGUGUGAAGCAACGAAUAUACAAGCGUUAAGUACAGCGGUCCUUCGAGCCGCGCUGUUUUCGAUCACUUUANUAAAUNUNUUUUAUUGCUANNGUUGAAUAAAAAAUAANCNCCUUUUAAGAAUGGUGAUUAAUAAAAAAAAAAAAAAUUAAAUGAAAAGUGAAUUGCCUCUCACUAUUCUUAAAUUUUAAAUUUAUAACCUAUUGUUACUGCACAGAUGUAUAAAAACAUUAUUUUGUUGUAGAAACGUAGCGAGACUACAGGAGUCACGUGCAGUGAACGAGAUUGUGUUUCUUGUCACGCAUUGAGUUGUUGGAGACGCGUAUGAAAUAUACCGUUUAAAAUUCAAUGUUAUAUAUUGUAGCUAUUGAAAGAUUGCUCCGAAUAUUCGUACAAAACUUGAAUUAUUAAAAUCUAAAUUAUUUCGUUUCAUAGAUUUGAAAUUAGUAUUUGUACCAUAAAGUAAAAAAUAAGGAAUUUCAAUAUUCUAGAAAUUUCACUAUGUAUUCCAAAAACGAUGUAAUUCCCACCGAAAAUAGAUAUUUUGUUAUCGGUUAAAAGUAUAUUCGCGAUGCAAUCUUUCUUCGUAGUAGAUGGUGACUCACGAUUAGUUGACUAUGUACUCGUACACUUCGGGUCAAUUAAGACCCAGAAUUAGACUUAGUUUUAAGACAGCUUUUUAAAAGGACACACUGCAACAUAGUCGUUAGGUUAGCGGUCGUUAAAGCACAGUUUAUUAAGUGGCCUUUAAGUAAGAAAAAAUGUAUAUUUCGUGUGUCACCACCUACCUUACACGUGCCUUAAGCAGCUUUGAGUAUUUAUGUAGUGUUAAUGAGCCCGCGCAAGCGUCACGUCCACUGGAGGUAUAUGACACCAAUUCUGAUAGAUUAGCUUACGUACAGAUGUACGACGUAGUAUUUUUUAAUAUCUUUUGUGAAUACGCUGUGAAAAAAAUCUCUGUCGAUUUUAGUAAGGACAAGUUGUAUUGAUCGUAAUUAAAAAUAAAUAUAUGAUUUCAACUUACAAAGCACAAACGCCUCGUACAUUACCCGUACUUUAAUCACUUCAAAUUAAUAGGAGUGACAUUGGAAGAACCUCCAUCUUAGUCGAUCCAAAUAUGAACAAUCGAUGGAACUGUUUUUUAUUCAGCGUAUUUGCAAAUAACCUAUAAUAUAUUUUACUUAUAAAUCGUCUUUCAUAAUGUAUUUUAUAUAAUUAAAUUCUAACUAAGAAUUCACUCUAGUUUUCAAUGGCAGUUGUAAAAUAAGCGCUUGUUCGUACGAGCGAUGAGUGACUCGAUAUUUCGAAACAUAAAUUAUAACUUUGUAUAGAGUAGUGUCUGCCAUUGAACACUUAUGUACUCUUCAAUUAUAUACAUGUUAUACUGUGUAGUGUUAUUAUAAUCGUAUAGAUAUAACUAUGUAUUUCUCGAUAAAAGCCGUGUCUUAUUAAUAAAUAAUAAUGUACAAUUUAUGCGUUGUUUGGCAAAUAUCUCAACUGUGCAUUUAUGAAAAUUACUGUUAGUCGGUUCAUUUUAGACUAUCGUGACAGUUCUAGCUGAACUUUGAAGUACAUUAUAACAACUAAAGCCAUGCAAACGACUCUAUUACAACAUAAAAUAAAUGGGUCAAUAUUGACCCACCCCUGGUCACUUAAGUCACAUUCCCUUUACAAGAGACAUGUAGAAAUAAAUUGAGAUUUUGUCAAACAGCGUAUUUUGUCUAUAAGUGCUUGUGUACGAACAAAUGUAUAAUUGAUAUUUAAUGUGUUUUGAUAUGCAUAUACUAGGAGUUAAGUGUAGAAACUAAAAUCUCAUAUUAUAUACCAAAUAACUUUAACUAAUUUUUAUUGUUUUGGCGACGUCCUCUCAAACAUAUUGAUCAUGGGAAAAUGAAAACACAAGAAAUAAAAUAAUUCUAAUCGUUUGAAAACUCAGCUGUCGAGCACUGAACACUUCCAUGCAGAACUUUGUGAUUCAAAGUUGUACUGUUUAGAGUGAGAGAGCCAAGCAUAUUACUCGUCGCGUCUCAGUUAAACUUGGAAGUGUAUCGUUAUGUUUGAGAGCGAGGUCGCGUUCAGAUGUCGUGACAUUUUGUUCGUUGUUAUAAUUUUGCGAGAUUUUAUUUGGUUCGUCGUCGGUAGCUAAACUAAUAAUUCGUCACUUACGGGGCAUUGUAUGGUACGACUUACAUCUGAAAUAUAAAUUCACUAAUUUAUAA